GUCGUGGAAAUUUGUAAAGAGUGGACGUACAUAAUGUCUGUUGCAUAUAAACUUGGGGAUUUAGUUUGGGCAAAAAUGAAGGGGUUCAGCCCUUGGCCCGGCCGGGUGACUAUACCUACCCCGGAACUAAAACCUCCCAAAAAGGCCAUGAAUGUCCAAUGCAUUUACUUUUUUGGAACUAAUAAUUAUGCUUGGAUCGAAGAGCAUAACAUCAAACCCUACCAGGAGCACAAAGAACAGUUGAUCAAGUCCUGCAAGACCGCUGCGUUCAAAGACGCCGUCGCCCAAAUUGAAGAGUACAUUGAAAACCCUGAGAAAUUCGGUGAUUUCGAUGAACACGUCCGCAAUCCUGAAGAGGAGUUCGACAAAUUGAAGGACGAUAUGAAAGAGGACAGCUCCGAUGAGAAAGCUGGAGAAGAGAAUGUAACCCCUGACGUUAAGAAAAAGAGCGCUACGCCUAAGAUUCGUUUGGGCAUUUCAAAGGUGAAAUCAGUAAAACGCUCAUCAUCAGUCGGUAUGAAGGGGACUCCUCGUAAGAAGGUCAAGAGUCUCUCCCGCUCCUUUACCGAUUCUGACACAAACGAGAAACCGUCGAUGCUGAAUCACUCCUUCUCCAAGAAGUCCAGCCUUCUGCACCGUCCAUCUAAUAUAUUGAGUCCUGACACUCCACCUCUGGACCUGGAGAACGUAUCGGAAACGUUGCUGGAGAAGAAUAUCAAGGCAAGUCAGAUGAAGUUCGGUUUCCUCGGGCUCGGGAUAAUGGGUAGUGGCAUCGUGAAGAACCUGCUCAACUCGGGACACAAAGUGCUCGUGUGGAACCGCACCGGGGCCAAGUGUAAAGACUUCGAGAAGGUCGGCGCCACGAUUGCCGUCACACCUUGCGAUGUCGUUGAAGAGGCCGAUAUUACAUUCUCUUGUGUGGCCGAUCCACAGGCGGCGAAAGAGAUGGUGUUCGGUAACUGCGGAGUGCUUCACUGUCCGUCCUUAGAAGGCAAAGGAUAUGUAGAGAUGACCUCCAUAGAUGCUGAUACGUCACACGACAUCGUCGAAGCCAUCAGUGGGAAGGGAGGCAGAUAUCUUGAGGCUCAAAUCCAAGGCUCAAAGACGCAAGCAGAGGAGGGCACGCUGAUCGUGCUGGCGGCGGGCGACCGGUCCCUGUUCGACGACUGCCAGUCCUGCUUCAAGGCGAUGAGCAAGAACUCCUUUUACCUCGGUAGCGAGAUCGGCAACGCGUCGAAGAUGAACUCCGUGCUGCAGGUGGUGGGCGGCGUGUCGCUGGCGGCGCUGGCCGAGGGGCUGGCGCUGGCGGACCGCGCGGGCCUGAGCCAGGCCGACCUGCUGGACGUGCUGGCGCUCACGCCGCUCGCCUCGCCGCACCUCAUCCUCAAGGGCCGCGCAAUGAUCGAGUCGUCGUACUCCACGCACCAGCCGCUGACUCACAUGCAGAAGGACCUGAAGCUGGCGCUGGGGCUGGGUGACGCGCUGGAACAGUCGCUGCCUCUCACGGCCACCACUAACGAGAUCUUCAAGCACGCCAAGCGGCUCGGGUACGCCAACCAUGACGUGGCCGCGGUCUAUAUACGCGCUAGGUUCUGA